UUUUUGUAAAUCUGCAAUUUUUAGGUUUUAGUAAAACUAAGGGUAAAAUAGUCAAUCUAUAAUUUAAUUUUUAUAAAAUAAAUCACAAUGGGUAAAUUUGCAAUUUUAUUAGUUAAUGAAGGGGAAAUAUGCAAUUUAAAUUUAGGCUUGGGUAAAUAUGCAAUUAAAAAGAUUUUCAAGGGGAAAUAUGCAAAAAACCCUUAUUUUUAUGAUGUUUGUUAUUUAUUAUUGUUAACUGAUUGAUUAAUUUGUUAUGUGUAUUAUCUAUAUCUAUAUAUAUUAAUAAAUGAAAAGGAUUUGGGCCAUGUGGCAUGUGAUGGUGGAACCAUUUGCUGAGGUGGCAUGUUAUGGUGGAGGAUUUAGGUGGGAAGCAAUUAUACACAAUGUUGCUAAUAUCCACGCGGGAUCCGAAUAGGAUUCGGUUCGACCCAAUAAUCCAAACGGAUCCUUUAUACAUCGUUCUUUUACUCAUUCUUCUCUAUGACGCUUCCACAUUCCACAAACCCUAAAAACCAAAGUUGCUCAUCAUGUUAUUUGGUUCAGUAAUCCUUCAUCAAAAUCUCAAACAUGCUUCUUCCGUUUCUCUACAUCCACUGCCUGUCACUCUGCUUCCCCUUAACGCCACCACUCCGAUCAACUUCCGGCGAUUAAUCUUUCACCGGUAAAUGUUCCAACUUUCUUGAUUCUUUUCAUCUUUACAUAUAUCAUGCAUUUGAUCAAUACCCAUGUAUUUUUUUAUCACAUAACUUAAUCAAAGUUCGAUCUUUCUUUAUUUUCAAGCAUUUGAUCAAUACCCAUGUGUGUUUUUUUAUCACAUAACUUAAUAAAAAUUCAAUCUUUCUUUAUUUUCAAUUGUUAUUUGUUCAUGCCAUAAUGCCUGCAUCGUUAGAGAUCACAACAGCAGAGUUCUUACAAGGUUCAAAAAGUUGUAAACUUUACUUGCCUAAACCCUUACCAAAGAGUAGAAAUUCCCAUUUGCUGUUCGGUUCGACUCACUGUAAAAGAAACAGUUCUGUGAGAGUAUGCAGUCAAGGUGUUCGACGAAAUGCGUCUGACAAAAUCCGGGCUGUGGUGUCGGUGGACUCGCAACAGUUAGGUAGUGUGGAUGAUUUCGAAGCCGAAAAAGUGAUUCAUUUUUUCAGAACUCCGUUGAUUCAAGAUAGGGCGAUGGAUGAGUUGCUCAAGUCGGUUCAAACAAAGAUAUCGGAUAAGACUGUCGGGUUGGAAAUCGAACAGUUUAUAGGAACACCCUGGAACUACUAUUGUCACCGACAAUGUAACUUCAGAUGGGCUUACAACAUUCAUUGAGAAAAAAAAAAAAACUAGGUA